AAGCGGCUGGGUUGGAUGAUAAACAGGCCGUGGGUAGGGAGGACAGAGAGGCGGCGUUGGCUCCUCUGGCACUUUUCAUGCCUCGUUUUUUUUUUUUUUUCAGAUGUGGCUUGUUCCUGACGCAGGGUCCAAGCAGUCAGCUUGAGCUUACUCUUUUGUGAAAGGGGAAAGUCUCCCGUGCGGAAAGCGGUUAAACUUGUGGAGGGGGUGCGAGACGGCAUUUCUCCCCCAUGCCAGGCGAACGGUGCGGCCUCAAGCUGGUCCAGCAGCCGGCUCCACGACGACGUGUCUGAGGGAGGCCCCAGAGGGGGCGGGGAGGUGGCCCGCGGGUUCUGUAAAGACGCGUGGAGAAGAUUCGAUUCCGAGAACAGGAAGAGGCGGAUGGAAAGAGAGCCAGGCGGCUGACGGGGAGGGGGCCGCCAAGAUGGCGUUGGCCUCCUCCCAACCGUCGUUGGCGGUCGGUUUUUCAUCCUUUGAUCCCGGGGCCCCUUCCUGUACCGCGUCCUCAGCAUCUGGAAUCAAGAGGCCCAUGGCAUCUGAGGUGCCUUAUGCCUCUGGCGUGCCCAUCAAGAAAACAGGCCAUCGAGGUGUUGAUUCCUCAGGAGAGACAACAUAUAAAAAGACAACCUCAUCGGCCUUGAAAGGUGCCAUCCAGUUAGGCAUUACUUACACUGUGGGGAGCCUGAGUACCAAACCAGAGCGUGAUGUCCUCAUGCAAGAUUUCUACGUGGUGGAGAGUAUCUUCUUCCCCAGUGAAGGGAGCAACCUGACCCCUGCUCAUCACUACAAUGACUUUCGUUUCAAGACCUAUGCGCCUGUUGCCUUCCGCUACUUUCGGGAGCUAUUUGGUAUCCCGCCCGAUGAUUACUUGUGCUCCCUCUGCAGUGAGCCGCUGACUGAACUGGGUAGCUCUGGAGCUAGUGGUUCCCUGUUCUAUGUGUCCAGCGACGAUGAAUUCAUUAUUAAGACAGUCCAACAUAAAGAGGCGGAGUUUCUGCAGAAGCUGCUUCCAGGAUACUACUUGAACCUCAACCAGAACCCUCAGACUUUGCUGCCUAAAUUCUAUGGAUUGUACUGUGUGCAGGCAGCUGGAAAGAACAUUCGCAUUGUGGUGAUGAACAAUCUUUUACCAAGAUCCGUCAAAAUGCAUAUCAAAUAUGACCUCAAAGGCUCAACCUACAAACGCCGGGCUUCCCAGAAAGAACGAGAGAAGCCUCUUCCCACAUUUAAAGAUCUAGACUUCUUACAAGACAUCCCUGAUGGUCUUUUUUUGGAGGCUGACAUGUACAAUGCUCUCUGUAAGACCCUGCAGCGUGACUGUUUGGUGCUGCAGAGUUUCAAGAUAAUGGACUAUAGCCUCUUGCUGUCAAUCCACAAUAUAGAUCAUGCACAACGAGAGCCCUUAAGCAGCGACACUGUUCAAGUGUCAGUUGACACUCAAAGACUGGCCCCCCAAAAGGCUCUGUAUUCCACAGCCAUGGAAUCCAUCCAGGGAGAGGCUGGACUGGGCGAUAGCAUGGAGACCAAUGACCAUAUAGGUGGCAUCCCUGCUCAGAAUAGUAAAGGGGAAAGGCUUCUGCUUUAUAUUGGCAUCAUUGACAUCCUACAGUCUUACACGUUUCUUAAGAAGUUGGAGCACUCUUGGAAAGCCGUGGUACAUGACGGGGACACUGUCUCGGUGCAUCGCCCAGGCUUCUAUGCUGAACGGUUCCAGCGCUUCAUGUGCAACCCAGUAUUUAAGAAGAUCCCUUUGAAGCCUUCUCCUUCCAAAAAGUUUCGGUCUGGCUCAUCUUUCUCUCCGCACACGGGCUCCAGUGGCAACUCCUGCAUUACUUACCAGCCAUUGGUCUCUGGGGAACACAAGGCACAAGUGACAACAAAGGCGGAAGUGGAGCCAGGUGUUCACCUUGGUCGUCCUGAUGUUUUACCUCAGAAUCCACCUUUGGAGGAUUCUGACCCCAGUUUCUCACCUGUAGAUGGAAAGAUUUUGCAUAUGCUAACCACAAGUACAACCUUGGAAAAGCUUGAAUGUACAGAGUCAGAGUUCACCCACUAAGGGCAAAGCCUCAGAAGACCUGGAACAAGAUUCUGCCUCUCUGUGAUCCCAAGAUGUCAGCCCUUGCCCCAGCAAUGUUGAAUUUUCUUCUACUUGGUCAUCAAAAAAGGAGUGUAAAAGAAGCGAGGUGCGCUCUCCAUCUUCUUCCUGAAGAAGAGCCUCCUCUCCUUCUCUGUCCUCAUAAAUGGGCAUUAGUGCCUCGGACAGUUGAGGACCACUCCAUCCUCUCCACAGGAUCCCUUCCACUCCACAGUUGGGUGGCACGGAUUUUCAACUGGCUAACCUUGGCUUCCACAACUGAAUUUUUUUCAGACCCCCAUUCUUCAUGCUGGAAAUGAGAUUACUGGACUUGGCAGUUUUCUUUCCCCUCAUCUUUCACCAGGAACUGGACUCUUAAUUUCCUCAGGACAGACUAGUUGGCACAUUAUCCCCACCUUAGUUCUUUCUCUCUGAUCCCUGGACGAAGACCCCUGUAAUCUCUGUAUAGGUUUUUGGGGGAUAAGGGUGUUUAGCCACCUCCUAACUUUGUUUUUUUUUUUUUUCCUGAAAAAAGGAAAAAGUGCGCAGCACCAAAUUUCAAGCCAGUUUCAGAUCAAAAAUCCAGAAGUGUUGAUGAGAUGCCUAUUCUUAGGGCUCCCUCAGAAGAGCCACAGUGUUUGUGAAGAGAAAAGUGGUGAUUGCUCUGCCAGAAGCAGCUCCUCUUUAACUCCUCCUCUCUUGAUGAAUUUCUUAAGGCUGAAGGAAUGGAGAGAGUGGGAUGUGAGGUAAUCUUUACCCCUUUUGUUAAAACAUGAGGCAGCCAUGGGUUGGGAGAUCAUAGCCCUUCCUAGGCAGAAUCCUAUUCACUGCCAGGCUAUAAUGAUUAUUACUGUUUUGCAAUUUGAAAUAUAUUCUGGUUGCUUUUCUAAAUAUGAAGAAUUACCAAAUGAAUUUCAGAACAUUCUCCAAAGGAGUUUUUUUGCUCUUCCCAUUUUUCCAACAGUGUUUUCCUGUUUGUGGUGCUAAGGUGAAGAGGGGACACCUCUGUCUGUUUAACAGGCAGUCUGUAUCUAUGAGGCCAGCAAAUAUUUUCUUAAAUUCAUGGGGUGAGAUCAUUGCUAUGCCAUAUGUCCUACCCCCCUGUCUUCAUGCAGAGAACUUGGAAAUGGGGGCUACAUAUGCCCUCUCCUCCCCACCUACAAGAGUUGUGGUUUUCCAUCUGAUCCUUCCACUGUUGUCAGGAGAAGAAGGGGGCCUGGUAUCUCAGGCAUAUUAUUGAAUUCCUGUUCUAUCCCUUCUGUAUCCCACCCUGCCUUGACAGUAGGUUAGCCCAUACCCCAAAUAACUUUCUAUAUUAGACACCCCCUGCCAGUUUCUGGCUGCCUGUGUUUGCUGCCAUGUUCUUUUUUACAAGAAGGAAAGAAACAAUUCUUGCUAUUUUUUUUUCAUAAUUUACUAUUUAUGAUGUGUUUAAGUGUUUUAUUAAGGACAGAGUUCUGUAAGGGGUGGGAGAGAAUAUUUGAGGGAGGGCUGGGUCUUAGGGAAAGGAAUGGGGAAUCAACAUUUUAAUGAAGUGUCUCUAUUUGCCUCUACUUUGUAUUGUUCAGAAAAGGCAAAUGCAAUAUAAAAGUGAUAUAUGGUUUUAAUGUAAUAAACUUUUAUCAGUUAUUUAGAAAAAGAAAAGAAACUGAUGGAUCAUUUUGAUAACAAUGAAGAAAGGAGACAGGGACAAGGAAAAGUCGAGCUUAUCCUGUAAAGCAUCUUAAAGCAGAAAGCAAGGCUCUUAGUUUGUAAUUUAAUAUACCUGACUGUAAUAAUUGUAAAACAAGGCAGGAGUCAAGGAAGGGAGGCAGCUGACUAUGCCAUGUGUCUGUCAGCAUAAGGCAAAGGCAGAGCAAGGUGAAACGGCACGACCAGGAAAGAUGAUAUGCAUUGUCAUAAAUAAAUGCAGAGAGAAAGAAAUCUUUUUGUGAAAACGAACUUUGUUUCUGGACCCCUAUACUUUAUAAACACAGGGUACCACUUAUUCUUCAAACUACUUAAACUAGUCAUGGAUGAGUUUUCAAUGUUUUUAUAUGAGUUCUUUCAUGAGUCCAAAAUACUAUUUCUUACAUUGCGUCUUUCCAUAACUUUUCUGCUAAUAAAGACACCUGCCAGGG